GCCUCCGCCAUGCGCGCAGGCGCAGUGCUGCCCCGGCAGCGCGCUGACAGGGAGCGGAGGUGCCCUGAGGUGCGGUGAGCCCCGACUCCCCCGGCCGCCAUUUCGGGGCGCGCUGCCAGGCCAGGGUGAAGACUAGAACAGACUUCUGUAUUCCAGUCAGGAGAAAACAUUGCAGCCCAGAACAGGCUAUCCAUCAAGGAAAACAUGGCGGAUCCUUGGCAAGAAUGUAUGGAUUAUGCAGUUACUUUAGCAAGAAAAGCUGGGGAGAUAAUCUGUGGAGCACUCAAAGAAGAAAAAUCCAUUAUGACUAAAAGUUCACCUGUAGAUCUAGUGACUGAAACUGAUCAAAAAGUAGAAAGCUUCAUUAUUUCUUUGAUAAAAGAAAAGUAUCCUUCUCACAGCUUCAUCGGAGAAGAAUCUGUUGCUGCUGGGGAGGGCAGCAUUUUAACAGAUAACCCCACAUGGAUUAUAGACCCUAUUGAUGGAACUACCAACUUCGUACACAGGUUUCCAUUUGUGGCAGUUUCAAUUGGCUUUGUUGUAAACAAAAAGAUAGAGUUUGGAAUUGUGUAUAGUUGUGUAGAAGACAAGAUGUAUACUGCCAGAAAAGGAAAAGGUGCAUUUUGCAAUGGUCAGAAACUGCAAGUAUCAGGCCAAGAAGACAUUACAAAAUCCCUUUUAGUAACAGAAUUGGGAUCUAAUCGUGAUCCGGAGACUAUAAAAAUAAUUCUUUCUAACAUGGAAAGACUUCUCAGUAUUCCUAUUCAUGGGAUUAGAGCUGUUGGUACAGCAGCUGUGAACAUGUGCCUUGUGGCAACGGGUGGAGCUGAUGCCUAUUAUGAAAUGGGGAUUCACUGCUGGGAUAUGGCAGGGGCUGGAAUCAUUAUUACUGAAGCAGGUGGUGUGCUCCUAGAUGUAUCAGGUGGACCGUUUGACUUGAUGUCUCGAAGAAUAAUUGCAGCAAGUAGUCGAGCUAUUGCUGAGAGAAUAGCCAAAGCACUUCAAAUAAUUCCUCUGAAAAGGGAUGAUGCAACUAAUUGAAUACCAAAACUAUGCCUUAAAUGUAAUUAUGCAAUGGUUGUCUCUGUUAUGUGGUGGCUGUUCUACACCUUAAACCUGAUAAAAAGGUAGAUAAAUAGACGGUAGUCUUUCAGUACUGGUAGUUCAUGAUGUGACUGUGAAGUAGUGUUUUGGGAUUGGACCAACAUCUAAGUAAGCUUUUAUUGGUAGGUAUUCUAUUUCACAUCACAAUCACACAUAGAGUUAUGAAAAGAAACAUAUAGAUAAAGCUACAGUUUUCAAGUUUUAUACUACACUGGAAGACAUAGCAAGAAACUCUUUGAUGUAUAGUUCCAUAAGUGACAAAACAAAAUUCACUGGCUAAACACCACGUAAUGACACCUGACCCCGAACCCAAAAAGAUCAAGGCAGUACUGUUUUCCAGUCUCUAUCCCUCCUUCUCCUGUUUGUUGCUUUCUUCAGUGUUAUCAGUGUUGUUAUGUAUUUUCUAGAGGUAGUUCACGCGUUUCCAGACCUUUUUAGUUGCGUGUAGUUUUGACUCUUAAUUUAAAGCCUUUGUUGCCUGUCUUUGUUUUAGUAGUCAUUGUUCUACCUUUCUUAUGGUAGAUAAACGCAAUAUAUUCUUCUGCCUCGUAUGUGGCCAGUAUACUUGCAAAUUCGUUACAGUUGGAAAAAUAAUAUUGUGCCAAAAAACACAGGAUUCUCCCAGGAAUAAGUUCAGAGCAUAUCUCCUCUCGACAAAUGGACUUCCUCCAAAUUACGAUGAAGUAUGAUUUGCAUUUGGCCUUUGAAAUAGCUCAUUCUUGGCAGUUAUAACAGUCAUUAUUCUUGUUUGGGUUUCUCCAUGGAUGAAUGUGUUUAAAAACCUAAGGAAUCCUUAAAGUUCAAGAGAAUUUGCAGCAACUCAUCUGGCAAAAAGUAAGUCAAUAGUCCAGGUUUUUUGCAUCUUUUUGUAAGUUAUAAAAGCAGUGACCAAGCAGUAUCGGGUUUCCAUUGUGUACAGGCACAAAAGAAGUGUAUAUAAACCUAAAGUGUUUAUAAAUCUAGAGGUGUUAGUAAUUUAAUACUUUAUGUUCAUUGUUCUAAACUUCUAAAACUGAUUCUUUUCAUUUUUGUAUUUAAAAAUAUCUGUCUACUGGUUAUUUAAUGCACUUUAAAAAUUAUUUAACUUAGCUCAAUUUUUAGACUGAUUUUUGUGUCUGAGGUUUCCAAAAGAAAAUUAUCUUAUAGUGAUGGUCCAGUGAAAUCACAGCAAUGCUUUAGAAAACCUGGCUUUUUGUACUGCUGUCCCACUAUUUUUAUUUCGGAAAAUAUUCUCUGUCUUGUAAGUUCCAACGGCUCUAUUGUUGUAAAUUUGAGUCUCCUAUAUGUGUUGAUUUUUUUCUUGCAGAUUUUGCAGAAAUAUUUAAUUUGAAAUAGUAUCUAAUGCCAAUUUACUAAUAUGAAUGAGAUCAGCAAUUGCCUGAUACUUGAAGGUCUUGUCAAAAAAAAACACACCUUAAUUUUACUUUUAAAAGUACCUAUUUGACAAGGAAAGGAACUGCUUGAACGUUUCACUGUAACUUUAUUGCUGUAAAUGAUGUGGGAUCAUCAUUAUUUCUUGAAGUAUGUUUAUUAUACCGUUUCUGUGGUAGAGCAAAUCCUGCAGAACUUUUUUUUUUAAACUAAUAAUUUGUGAAAUGGAGGCAUACCUUAAAAAAAUAAAUAAAUGAGAAGAAAAAUGAGGUGGUGAUGUAGUUUAACCGAGCAAGCAGCUAAGCCCCAUGCGGCUGUUUGCUCACAUGGGGGUUGGGGAGAGAAUUGAGAAGUAAAAAGGUAGAACUUACGUGUUGGAUAAAGUCAGUUCACUAGAACAACAAUGGAAGGGAAAAUAAUCAUGCUAAAGAAAUACACUGAACAACUGAUGUGUAAUGCAGUUGUUAUCCACCUGCUGACUGAUGUCCUGUUAGAUCCUAAGCAGUGGCCCUCAUUCUCGGUUUCAUUGUUCAGCAUGUCACCAUAUGUUAUGGGACACCCCUGUGGCCAGUUGGCGUCUGCUGCCCUGGCUGUGUCCCCUCCCAGCUCCUCGUGCACCCCUAGCCUCCUUUCUGGCAGGGCAGUGUGAGAAGCCAGUCCUUGGGUCUGUGUAAGCGCUGCUCAGCAACAACUAAAAGAUCAGGGUGUUAUCAGCAUUCUCUUCUGAAAUCCAGAACACAGCACCAUACCAGCUACUAGGAAGAAAAGUAUGACUUGUAGUUUGGUGCAGGGUCCCAACAAGCUGGUCUUGUGGGCUUAAAGCUUUCUUUGAAUUCAACACUUCCUCUUCUUAGGCUCUGAUGCACAAAGAUCGUAAGCUGUGGAGCCUUUACAGAAGUGGGGUUGUGUAUACACCUGCACUAGGUUUUUAGGGAGGCUAUUCCAACAUCUUCCUAUGAGAUAACAGUAAUGAUGUCAGUCCUCAGAGCUCAAACUGCAGAUACGUUGCUUAUGAUUUGUUUCUGAGGCCCUCAGCUGGUUGAAGCACGUAGCUUUCUCAUCAUUAGCUUUCCUAAUGCUCUUUGAGGGAGAAUUUUUGAAGUGCCAUUUUCAAUCUUUGCUUUCUCACUGUACCCUGGUCUUCAACAUGAUCAAUCUAUUUAUUUAUUUGUGGACUCCAUAAAAGUCAACUUUUAUGAAUUGUCUGCUUUCUUUUUAAUUUCAAUCUCCCUUACAGGGGGAUCAGAAAUCCCUGUUUGCUACUUUGGUAAAGUGUAAUUCUCUCAAAUAAGUCUUCAUCUAAUGUGACCACUUCUUUUAGUCACAUGAAAGGACACCUGAAUGUAGUUGUGUAGAGGCAUUAUCUUUUUAGAUCUGUGCUAGUGUGCAAUUUUGACAAAAGUUGUAGUAACGUGGAGAAGUUAUGAUCACUGUGUAAUCAAAAUGCUUUUGAGAUAUUAUAUAUGAGGUAUUCCCAGAAUCUGCAAAACAAUAAAGCACCUAUUUUGUUCUGAAA